UGGCGGCGCCCUAGACCGCGCGGCCGGGCCCGCCAGCACCGUCGGUCCCCGCUGUCACCGCCGCCACUGCCGUCUCUGUCACCUCUGUCACCUCUGUCACCGCCACCAUGCAUUCGGACGAUGUUGUCUGGAGCAUGCUGGGGAACAGGCAGUUCUGCUCCUACAAGAUGACCACCAAAACGCAGAACUUCUGCAGGAACGAGUACAACCUGACAGGGCUGUGCAACCGCUCCUCCUGCCCGCUAGCCAACAGCCAGUACGCCACUGUCCGUGAGGAGAAAGGUCGCUGUUAUCUCUACAUGAAGACGAUCGAGCGGGCGGCGUUUCCCCGGCGCCUCUGGGAGCGGGUGCUGCUGAGCAAGAACUACGAGAAGGCUCUGGAGGAGAUUGAUGAGAACCUCAUCUACUGGCCCCGCUUCAUCCGGCACAAGUGCAAGCAGAGGUUCACCAAGAUCACGCAGUACCUGAUCCGCAUCCGCAAGCUGACCCUCAAGAGACAGAGGAAGCUCGUCCCGCUGCGCAGGAAGAUCGAGAGGCGCGAGAACAGGCGAGAGGAGAAAGCCCUGAUCGCUGCCCAGCUGGACAAUGCCAUCGAGAAGGAGCUGCUGGAAAGGCUGAAGCAGGACACGUAUGGAGACAUUUACAACUUCCCCAUCCACGCCUUUGACAAGGCUCUCCAGCAGCAAGAGGCAGAAAGCGAGAGCGAGUCGGAUGCAGAGAGGGAAGAAGAUGAUGAUGAUGAUGAGGACGUGGAUAAGAGGGAGUUUGUGGAAGCAGAGGACAGCGAGCUCAGUGACUUUGAGGAUAUGGAUAAGUUGGAGACAAGCAGUGAAGAGGAACAGGAAGAGGAGGAAGAAGUAGAGAAGAAAACCUCCAAAUGGAAAGGGAAAAUGCCACUGAAGGGCCCAGCCAGGAGAAAACGUCCCUACAUUGAGAUAGAGUACGAGGAGGAAACAGAGCCAAGCACCAAGACAAAAGCAGCCUGAGCCCUGCCUGAUCCCGUUUUGUACUGACUGACAGAACUCCAGAUGUGUCACCAGAGUGUGAGUGCAGCAUCUGCCACCCACCUGCCACCCCUGCUCAGGACCCCCAGGAACUCCUGCUUUUAUACUCCACACGUUUUCUGCGAGAGCAGAGGGGUUUCUGUCCUGAGCCCAGUUGCAGUGAGUUUGCACAACUCUAAGGAACUUCCCCCAUCUCCUCUGCAACCACAAAAAGCUCAGCCCAGACUCUGCUCCAGGAGGAGCCUGGGGGGUUCUGCUGCUUCCUGUAAGGCUGGAGAAACCUCACAUGGCCCUGAGGGCACUUGGGUGUGUCUGGGGGAGGUUGUAGGGCUCACAGGUGGGACAAGAACGACAGAACUCUUCAA